CUCUCUGUCCCUUUAUCCCAAUUCACUAAAUAUGAAGGAGGAGAUUAGCAGAAAUGGAAAUGAGUGGAAUGAAAUAAGCCUAUAAUGUAGUGCAGCUACACCAUUAUGCUCUGAAGAAUAGGCUGGCGAAGAGAGAUUUAUUUCCUCUUAGGCGUGCCUCAUUGAAGCUGCCAGCUUUCACUUCUCUUUGCAGCUGUAGCACUAUUCAGCGAUCCUGAACACUGCUGAGGUGACUGAAAGCUCGUUGAGGGAUGAGUUUCUCAAGUGAUGCAUCUACUGAGUAUGUGAGUGACGAGUUAGAGACUUUGGGGUGGUACCAUGGUGACCUGUCCCGCCAUGCUGCAGAAGCCCUUCUCUUGUCCAAUGGAACAGAUGGAAGUUACCUCCUGAGAAACAGUAAUGAGGGACCUGACUGCUUCGCCCUGUCUGUCAGGGCAAAGGAUUCGGUAAAGCAUUUUCAGGUGACACGAAAAGACAAUGGCUAUGCAUUUGGGUUUAACGAGUUUGCAACCCUUCAAGAUUUCGUCAGCCACUUUGCUAACCAGCCCUUGCUGGGCAGUGACACAGGAACGCUCAUUGUGUUGAAGUGUCCAUACCCAUUGCAUGUGGAGGAGCCAUCUAUUUACGAGUCUGUGCGAGUUCACACAGCCAUACAGACUGGCCGCACAGAAAAUGAUCUGGUGGCAACGGCACCAUCGCUGGGCACAAAGGAAGGCUAUCUAGUGAAACAGGGAGCAGUUGUGAAGAACUGGAAACGGAGGUGGUUCACACUCAACAGAUAUGAACUUAAAUACUUCAGAGACAAAAUGUGUGAGGAGCCCAUUAGAUCUCUUGAUCUGAGAGCCUGCUCUGCAGUCCAGUUUGACUACUCUCAGGACAGAGUUAACUGUUUCUGUCUAGUGUUUGCUCAGCGAACAUUUUAUCUUUGUGCAAAAACGGGUGCGGAGGCAGAUGAGUGGAUCAAGAUCCUGAGGUGGAAACUGUCACAGAUAAGAAAAGGUCGAUGACGAUCACUGGAGACACAGGAGAUGAUAAGAAGUCCCCAUCUUCGCUGAAGACAUUAUAAUAACUGAAAGACCAAGAACAACAUUAUUUGAAACAGUAGAGUAUAUUAAAGUGUAAACUUGAAAAUUUGAAUAGCACUGGAGCAUAUGGCAUAUCCAUUCAGAAUGUAACUGUACUAAUGUAAUGUUUAUUAUGAAGUCAUGCUUGCAUUGUUUUAUUAUUAAGAUCAAAAUCAAUUAUGUGUCAAUCUGUGUUUCAAUACUUUCAGACUUCUCUACCCUGCCAGUAUCUGCCUCCAAACUCACUGAUUGCUACCACAGGACAAUUUUUUUGUUUAUUUUUUCCUUUUACAAAAGGGUAACAAAUAUAUAUAUAUACCAUAAUGAUAUAUGUUUUGUUUUUGUUUUUUAAAUGGGCUCAAUUAUUUCCAUUAUCCACAACUGUAGGUUUAGCAAGUAUGACUGAAGCAUGAGGAAAAAAUGCAUCAGAUGGAGUGAAUCCAGAUUUUGUGAGCUAGUGGGUUUUUCUGGCAAAAGCAAUAUGUUUGUUAAACUGAGUCAAAAUAAACUACAACAUGUGUGUUCAUGAUCAUGAAAGAACAUGUCAUCUACUGCAAAAGACAUGUAUUGUAGCUCACAGAAGUGUUGUUUUUAAAUGUUUUUUUGUUUGUUUUUUGAGAAUUGGGUGAGAUAGGGAAGAGUGGGGGUAAGAUGAGCCAGUUUUUACUUGAGGUGUCUCUACAGUGGGGGCAUGACAGUAAUGUCUAAAAGUAAAACAUGUUCAUACACUUCAAGAUCUGGGGCAUCCCUGGGAAUACUUGGUUUGGAUCUAAAAUAAACAGUUUGUAAAUAUGGCUUUCCAAAAAACAGCAAGGGGUAAAUUGAGCACACACAUUUGUGGGAGGUUGUCUCCUGUUUUCUGUAUAUAAGAACCAAUGCUUUAUGCUUUUAGUUAAUCACUUGUUCAGACUCUGUACUGUACAUGUUGCUCCUUGCUGCAAGUAAAACUUCGAUUUGACUUAA